GAGAAGACAGGUGUGGCUUUCUCCACCCAAGAAGUCACAUGACCCACUCCUCACAUCAACCCUAGAAUGGAUGAUGGUUACCGGAACAACCCAAACCUCUACCACGGGGCCAGAGAUAUAGCUCGAGAGGCAGCCCGGCAGCCGUGGAACCAAGGCAUGGAUGACUACAAGUACCAGGAUAACUAUGAGGGCUAUGCCCCCGGCGAUGGCUAUUACCGAGGGGGCAACGAGUCCAACCAGGAAGAAGAUGCGCAGAGCGAUGCCACCGAAGGCCAUGACGAGGAGGAUGAGAUCUAUGAGGGCGAGUACCAGGGCAUCCCCCACCCGGAUGACUUCAAGGGCAAGCAGGCCAAGAUGGCGCCCUCCAGAGCAGAUGGCUUUCAGACAGACCUGAUGGCUGAGCGGAUGGAAGACGAGGAGCAGCUGGCCCACCAGUACGAGACCAUCAUCGAGGAGUGCGGUCACGGGCGUUUCCAGUGGACCCUCUUUUUUGUCUUGGGCUUAGCCCUGAUGGCCGAUGGGGUGGAGGUGUUUGUGGUGAGUUUUGCCCUGCCCAGUGCCGAGAAGGACAUGUGCCUGUCUAGUUCCAAGAAAGGAAUGCUUGGGCUGAUAGUCUACUUAGGAAUGAUGGCGGGGGCCUUCGUCCUGGGGGGCCUGGCUGAUAAGCUGGGGAGGAAGAGAGUCCUCAGCAUGUCUCUGGCCAUCAACGCCUGCUUCGCCUCCCUCUCCUCCUUUGUGCAGGGCUACGGAGCCUUCCUCUUCUGCAGACUCAUCUCGGGCAUAGGGAUUGGAGGUUCCCUGCCCAUUGUUUUUGCUUAUUUUUCUGAAUUCUUGUCUCGGGAGAAGCGAGGAGAACACCUCAGCUGGCUGGGAAUCUUCUGGAUGGCUGGGGGUCUUUACGCAUCGGCCAUGGCCUGGAGUAUCAUUCCCCACUACGGCUGGGGCUUCAGCAUGGGGACCAGCUACCACUUCCACAGCUGGAGGGUGUUCGUUAUCGUCUGUGUGCUGCCCUGUGCCGUGUCCGCGGUGGCCUUGAAGUUCAUGCCCGAGAGCCCCCGCUUUCUGCUCGAGAUGGGUAAGCAUGACGAGGCCUGGAUGAUUCUCAAACAAGUCCACGACACCAACAUGAGGGCCAAGGGGACCCCUGAGAAGGUGUUCACGGUUUCCCACAUCAAAACACCCAAGCAAAUGGAUGAAUUCAUCGAGAUCCAAAGUUCAACAGGAACUUGGUACCAGCGCUGGCUGGUCAGGUUCACCACCACGUUCAAGCAGGUCUGGGAUAACGCGCUGUACUGCGUGCUGGGCCCCUUCAGAAUGAACACCCUCAUCCUGGCCGUGGUCUGGUUCACCUUGGCGUUAAGUUACUACGGGCUGACCGUCUGGUUUCCCGACAUGAUCCGCUACUUUCAAGAUGAAGAAUACAAGUCGAAGAUGAAAGUGUUUUUCGGGGAGCAUGUGUACGGCGCCACGAUCAACUUCACCAUGGAAAACCAGAUCCACCAGCACGGGAAGCUGGUGAACGACAAGUUCACAAAGAUGUACUUUAAACACGUCCUCUUUGAGGACACGUAUUUUGACAAGUGUUAUUUCGAAGACGUCACCUCGACGGAUACCUAUUUCAAGAACUGCACCAUCGAAUCCACCUUCUUUUAUAACACAGACCUCUACAAGCACAAGUUCAUCCACUGCCGCUUCAUCAACACCACCUUCCUGGAGCAGAAGGAGGGCUGCCACAUGGACUUCGAGGAAGACAACGACUUCCUGAUUUACCUCGUCAGCUUCCUGGGCAGUCUGUCCGUGUUGCCCGGGAACAUCAUUUCUGCCCUGCUCAUGGACAGAGUCGGGAGGCUGAAGAUGAUGGGGGGGUCCAUGCUGAUCUCAGCCGUCUGCUGCUUCUUCCUGUUUUUCGGCAACAGCGAGUCUGCGAUGAUCGGCUGGCAAUGUCUGUUCUGUGGCACCAGCAUCGCAGCCUGGAACGCCCUGGGUGUGAUCACAGUGGAGCUGUACCCCACCAACCAGAGGGCAACAGCCUUUGGUAUCCUCAACGGAUUGUGCAAGUUCGGAGCCAUCCUGGGAAACACCAUCUUCGCUUCAUUCGUGGGGAUAACCAAGGUGGUCCCCAUCCUCCUCGCUGCUGCUUCUCUGGUUGGGGGUGGCCUGAUUGCCCUCCGCCUGCCCGAGACUCGAGAGCAAGUUCUGAUGUGAACCAGCGGUGGGGAAGAAGAUACGGCGAGAAACUCGGGCCCGGACAUGUCAAUACAGCCAUACUUCCCGCCUGCCACUGUCCACGGCGACACCUCAGCUGGCACAGGCGGAGAGGUGGACUUUGUGAUCUCUACUUUAGGACCCACUUCAGCUGUCCAUAACGUUUGUAACUCAGGUGACUGAUUUGGGGGUGGCCCCCGAGUCACCCCUUAGAAAUCCAGAUCUUUGUGCUUAGCCUCCAUCCUCCUCGGCCUAAGGUGGGAAGAGAACUCCCACGCCAGGAUACACACCACACAGGGAGCCUGCGUGUCUCCAGUGAGAGGAAAAAGGACUCUCAUGGAGUUCAGGGGGAUCCCAGUGACCUGAGGAUUCCUCCACUCGGUGGGAAAGUCCAGUCAUCACGUGGCUGUUGAAGAACAGGAUACAAAUGUUUUUUACAUUUUAAACAUCAUUGUCCUCUCUCCCAUUGAGAUUUGCCAUAAUAGCAUUGAAGAGAUUCGGAUAGAGAAAACGAAAUAAGCGAGAUCUUUAGAGACCAACUUCCCUCCCUCCACCCCUGCCCCAAAGUCUUCAGCUGUACUUGAUACCAUGGUACAUUUAAGAAUCACAUGUAUCCCUGUUUUGCUCUAGGCUAAGAAACUCAAUGGGGUAGGCAGCCUGUAAACCAAGUUUGUAUAUAAGUAUCUUCCGUUUUCUUUGCACAAAUGGUAGCUGCAAGUAUUUGCCAGCAUUUUAGCCAUAUUUGGGGAGAACCUGGUAUUCAAGGUUCUGAACUAUGGGAUCCAGGAAAAGCAAGCAAAAUUUCUUAUAGCCAUUGGAGUC